UUCAACAGGACGCAGCUGCUGGCCAGCCGGACAACCAGUCGAGCAGACGACACAAAAAGGCCACCAGGACAAGCUAGCCAGGCUGGACACAUGCUCGAUACUAGCAACUGCCACUGGCACUGGGCGAGACGUUGCCAACGUGACGAGCUAAGCCACCAGCAGGAGUAGCAGUUGGUCAAGAAAGAAGCAGCCACAGAAGAGGGUAGAAGCUGGCCAAUAAAAAAGCUAACGAAAUUCGUACAGAGUCAGAGUCAGAUGCGAAAAUGCUGAUGGCGCUUGCAGUCGACAGCCGAAUUCAGCAACAACAACAACAACUGCAACAACAACAACAACAGCAACAGACGCAACCGCAACAAAAACAAAACUGGAAAAGUUGAGCAGGGACAGAGGCUGCAGCGGCUGAAAAGUUCCAAAAUUUACCAGACACAAAUUUCGUAGAGCUCUGCUCGGCGUCGCUCGUCGCUUUGUGGUUGCAUCCGGAACUGUUAGCAGCAGUUGCCAUAGACGUAGCCGUUGCCGUAGCCGGAAUUUGAUUUUAACGCAUCUUUUAGAGCCGCGUCGCCUGUUUGCCAACUGGCAGCAACUGCUAACUGGCAGCUGGCAACCAAAUCAGAACUGAAAGGAAAAGUCUCGUCUGUGCCUGCGGAACGCUUCAAUGGACACACAUUGAAAUUGGCUGCCACAAAGCCAGAGGGGAGCUCCACGCCCCCUGAAAUGAGCGCCAAUUGCGGCGUCACAUGCACUGACAAGUUAUUAACUGCACAUAUCCCAGGCAGAUAAGCAUCUCCCGCAAAAUAACACCGACAAGAGCAGCGAGGAGGAGCUCCUACUGCUCAUCAUGGCCAACUGCAACAGCUGCUGCCUGCUGCUGCAGCUCCUCUGGACAGCGCUGCUCUCCUGGCAGUUGCCUCCGGUCAGCGGAUAUCUCAACAUUUUCAUCAGUCACCACGAAGUGAUGAAGCUGAUGGGGCUGGAGGCGGAUUUGUUCUACGUGCACGAGGGAGCCAUUAACACAUACGCGAUGCACUUCACCGUUCCCGUCCCGGCAGAUGUUCACGAGCUGGAGUUCUCCUGGCAGAGUCUCAUCAGCUACCCGCUGCGCUAUACAAUCAGCAUCGAGUACGCCACCGACCAGGACGCACUGGGCACACCCACGCUGAGCAUUCCCCACAAGGGCAUAGUGCCGCAGGAGAUCGAGUCGUUCCUGGUGUACCUCCCGUGCACGGGAAACGUGAGCCUCCAACUGCCGGUCAAUGUCAACAUGGUGGUACAAGGACCUCCCCGGUUUAACGACACCCGACUCCACUUCAAGCGCAACAAGAUCUGUGCCAAGGGCAUCUCCCCAGAACCGAAUCAGUCACCUGCGCCUGCCCACGCCCCCUCCCAGGGACCGGCUCUGAUGAGCGCCGCGGCCUGUGCCUUGGGCCUAGUCCUGGCCGUAGGCCUCGUGGCUAGCAUGAUGUAUGUUCGGGCUCGCAAGCAGCUACGCCAGGAUUCGCUACACACCAGCUUCACUACAGCGGGUUAUGGCAGCCAUCAGAACGUGUUUAUCCGCCUUGAUCCUCUCGGACGACCGCCGAGUGCCACAGGCUCCUAUGCGACCAUUGCCAGCCUCAACAAGUAUCCAACGGAGACCAAAAAGUCCUGCAGCAUAUUCGACCGCUUCCGCAGCUCACCCACGCCCACACCCUACGCCACCGCCCUGCUGCCCAUGGGCGACCAGGCCGGCGAGACCAUUUACUCGAAACCAGAAUCGGUGUGUCCCUCGAGGAUUUCCUACUACGCCUCCUCGCAGCUAACCCAGCAGUUGUGAUCGAUGCUGCAUUUGCAGCAAGUUGGCAUCCCCGCCAAUUGAAAAAGAUGAAACAUAUUAACGGCAGCGCGAAUGGGGUGGAAAACGGAAUGCAAAAGAACGCGACGCUUGUGUUUGUUAGCUGGCGUUUCACAAGAAAAAAUAAAGUAAGCUGCGCUGCGUACAAUUUGAAUUAAUUAAUA